GUGCCACCCGCAGAGAUGAAAUGUGAGCCUGGGUGACCCAGGACGCCAGAGUGGCUGCCUCUUGCUAGCUUGAGGAAGUGCAGUGGGCCAAACAGAGGUGCAGCUCAGCCGGGACCUCGCAGCUCAGCGGGGUGGGGACCACUCCAGCAGCCUGCACUUACCUCUGCCAGGGACGCACUUCUUCCCGGGACUCCUGGGUCAUGGGCAAGACUCGGUGGAAUCCGGCUCUCGGGAGCGCAGCUCUGUCCAUCUGACCGCUCUCCACCCUCUUCAUCCAUCUGGGUUCCCUCUGCCCGCCCAUCUGUCGGUCUGUCUGUCCUGGCGAAACACUUGGGUCACCGGCUUGGAUGGACUCGUCGAGGCUGCCCCAGCGUCCAGGGGUCUUGCUUCCGAAGUUGGUUCUGCUCUUUGUCUACGCAGAUGGCUGCCUUGCGCAGUGUGGUAAAGAAUGCAGAUCUUACUGCUGUGAUGGGAACACGCCCUACUGCUGCUCCUACUAUGCCUACAUUGGGAAUAUUCUCUCGGGCACUGCGAUUGCAGGCAUUGUGUUUGGAAUCGUGUUCAUCAUGGGGGUCAUUGCUGGAAUUGCCAUCUGCAUCUGCAUGUGUAUGAAGAACAACCGUGGGACGAGGGUGGGUGUCAUCCGAGCAGCCCACAUCAACACCAUCUCCUCCCAUCCUGUGGCACCACCCCCCUAUAGUUAUGACCACGAGAUGGAAUACUGUGCAGACUUGCCUCCUCCAUACUCCCCGGCCCCACAAGCUUCAGCCCAACGCUCUCCACCUCCUCCUUAUCCUGGAAAUUCAAGGAAAUAAUCCUCCUCCCAGAAUGGAAUAUGUGCCAACCAGCAAUUUUGCUCAGAACAAAAUGCCUCAAUUUGGAAAUAUGCAGAAAAAGAUUGCUCUACUGUUUAGGGUCAGAUAAUAUAUGCUCAUGUUGGGGGACAUGUGGUUCCUACCCUGCUCAGAGCCAACCCUACAUGGAGAAGUACUUUUGUUUCUAUGGAGCAACAUUUUAUGUGAUCUACUGAUCCCCUCAAGCACAUGCAGAGAAAAACAACACAAUUGCCUAUCUGACAAUUAUGCUGUUUUAGCUGAAGAAAACUUCAGUAUUGAUCUUGGAGUCAAGAAGCCCAAAGAAUAGUCUGACCUGCAUCAGGAAGCAGCUCUGUCCACAUGGCUUUCAGAGAACUAGAACUGUUCGUUAUUUCAUUCAUCCCCAAAUAUGUAUUAAGUGCCUGAGAGCCUGCCUUGUGCCUGGCAGCCAUAGAGGCACUGGGCAGAAGUAACCGGAAGGGAACUUUGAUUUUAGCACAGGCGUACCUCAUUUUGUUGCACUUUGCUCUACUGCACUUUGCAGACAUUGCAUCUUUUACAAACUGAAGAUUUGUGGUAACCCUACACCAAGGAGCGCCACUUCCCCAGCAGUAUGAACGACUUCAUAUAUCUUUAUAUCACUUUUUGUAAUUCUCAUAAUAUUUCAAACUUUUUCAUUUACUAGUAUUAUACCAUUAUGGUAAUCUGUGGCUCGAGAUCUUCGAUGUUGCUAUAGUAGUUGUUUUGUUUGGGUAUCAUGAACUAUGCCCAUAUAAGUCAAUGAGCUUAGUAGACUGAUACAUUGUGUGUGUUGGAUAUGCACUACUGAAUGGGUUCUCUCUCUCUCUCUCUCUCUCUCUCUCUCUCUCUCUCUCUCUCCUCCCUCCCUCUCUUCUGUUCUCCCUGUGUUUCUCACCUUGAGCCUUGAGCCUUCUUAUUCCCUUAGAACAAUAUUGGAAUAUAAUGACCCUAUAACCCUCCAAUAAGCUCUGAGUGUUCAAGCUACAGGAAGAGUGGCACAUCGCUCAUUUUGAAACAAAAGCUGAAAAUUAUUCAUCUCGGAUAGGAAGGCAUGUCAAAGGCUGCAAUAGGCUGGAAAGCUGGCCUCUGAUAGCAAGCAAUAAGCCAAAUUGUAAAUGCAAAUAAGGAUUUCUUGAAAGAAAGUGAAAAAUGCCUCUCUCUAAAUACAUCGAUAAGAGAGAGAGACAGAGAGAGAGAGAGAGAGAGACAGAGAGAGAGAGUCCCAUUGCUUAUAUGGAGGAAGCUUUAGUAGAUAGAUCAAACCACCACAUUUUCUCAGUCCAAAAAGCUUAAUCAGAGCAAAGGUCUAACCUCAGUUCUGUUAAGGUAAGUGAAGACACUAUAUGAGAAACCUUCAAAGGAAGGUAGCAGAGGUCGGAUCAGGAGGUUUAAGUUUCCGAAAUGAGCCACCUCUGUGAAUGGAAUGCAAGGUGAAGUGGCAGGUGCUACUGUACAGGCUGUAGCCAGUUAGUUAAAGACUUGGUUAGGAUCAUACAUGCAGAUGACCACAGUAAAUGAUAAAAUCUCCAUGUAAAUGAAAAGCCCUACUACUGGAAGAACUUUCAUCGACAGGGAGAAGCAGUCAUCUUGACUUCAAAGCUUCAGAAGGCAGACUGGCUCUCUUACUGGUGUCUAAUACGACUAGUGACUUUCAGCUGAAGCUAAUGCUCCAUUAUCCUUUACUAUUCAAAAAUCCUCAUACCCUCAAGAGUUAUACUAAAACUGCCCUGCCCACACUUUAUAAAUAUAACAACAAAAUCUGUUUUCAGUGUUGUUUACUGAAUAUUUUAAGCCAAGUAUUGAGAUCUACAGCUCAGGGAUAAAAAAAGAUUUCUUAUGAAACAUUACUGCUCAUUGACAAUGCACCUGCUCAUCCACACACUCUGAUGGAGAGGCUAAAGGACAAAGUGUUUUCAUGCCUACUAAUACAAAGCCUACUCUAUCCCACAUACUAUGGGUAACUUUACCUUUCAAGUCUUACUGUUUAAUAACUGCAUUUUAUAAGGUCGUAGCUGCCAGAGAAAUUGAUUCUUGUGAUAGCCUGACAAAAGUAAUUGAAAACAUCUUGGAAAGGAUUUACCAUUUUAGAUGCCUUUAGGUUCAUUCAUGAGUCAUGAAAAGAUGUCAGAAUAUCAGUAUUAACAUGAGUUUGAAAGAAGUAGAUUUUAAUCCUCAAUGCAUAGUUUUGACAAUUUCAAGGCUUCAGUGGAGGAAAUAUCUACAGAUAUGGUAGGACAACAAGGGAACUGGAAUUAGAGAUGAAGCUUGAGGAUGUAACUCAAUCUCAUGAUAUGUCCCCCAGAUGUGCAGUUGGUGCUUAGGGGUGAACAAUGACAGUGGUUUCUUGAGAUGAACUCUACUCCUGGUGAAGGCUUUGUAGAGAUCUGUUGAGAUAACAGCACAGAGUUUAGAGUAUUACAAAAACUGAUUCAAUAAAUCAGCAACCAGGUUUGAGAUGACUGACCACAAAUCUGAAGGAAGAUACACUGUCAAUUAAAAGCCAUCAAAGAGCAUCCCAAGCUACAGAGAACCAUUUUGUGAAAAGAAAAAUCAAUCCCUGCAUCAAACUUUGCUCUCAUUUUAUUUUAAAUAAUUGGUACAACCAACUUUCUAACUGCAGCAACCACCACAACCAGUCAAUAGCCACCAUCCCAACACCAGCAAAAAUAUUUGGCUUACUGAAAGCUCAGAUGGUCCAACAAUAUAGUAUUUUUAAUUAGGGUAGAUAAAUUAUUUUAUAGACAUUUAAUAAACUAAGUUGUAAUCUAAACAAAACUUUAAUAUGCACUAGUAAACAAAAAAAGUAUUCAUGUGAUUCUCUUGUGGAAUUUGCUUUAUAUAAAAAGAGGUACAUUCUCAUUGGCUACAAGGAAAAUGUUUUAGUGAAUGGGUAGAAGAUCAAACCCACAAUAUCUCCAAGGUUCACCUAUCUAUAAGCAACAGUUGCAGCUUUCCUGUUGGCUAGAUUGCUUUGUGAAGAUCCCUCUUAUCAUGAUUCCAAAGUCUGGCUAUGUAGAAAAGAAAUGUUCUAGAAGGGAUAUCUAAAUAAAAUGGCAGAUGCAUCCUUGUAUUCUCCAAAGUUUUGCUCAUGUUUUAGGUAUGUGUGAAGUGAAUUUCUGUGUCUCAGGAAUGAAAACAACAACUGAAUCUAUUCAUUUAAUUCAGUUGUUCAAACAAAAUCAAAGGCAUUCAAUAAGUUCUGGAAACCAAGAUCAAUUCAGUGAUAAUUACUCCCUCCGCAAAAUCAUCUGGCUUUAGGCACUGGAGUAUGACAAAGGUUUUUCCAACUGUGGGGGAAAUGAUGUCCCUUCACAUGCAGCACAUGCUACUUUUUAGAGUAAAAGAUAUGAAACCAACUGUUUCCAGGGACUCUAUAUCAGGUAGCAAAAUUACAGAACUUGAUCAUGAAAAUACAAAACAGACUUACAAAAGGAGAAAAUAAAAUUUGAAUUCUCUCUGUAAAAAUCUGCUCAAAUAUAACUGAGAUAUUUUGUUUCUCCUAAAAUUUUCAUAAUUUAUUCUCUUAAAAAAGUGAUAUGCAGUUAAUGGAAAUGGCAAGAAGAUACUGCAUUCAUAUUGUUGCCUUUUACCAAAACACACAUUUUAUAAAGUGCCUAUCUUUAGAUGUGAAAGCAUCAAUAAUUCAAACAGGCAAAUGUUUGCUACAAGUGACCCUCACAUUUGUAUUUAUUUUUAUGUGGGUCCUUUACUUUAAAAUUAUAUAUUGAGCAUUGGGGAUAGAUGUUUGGACUUUUAUGUCACUUUACAAGUAAACCUAAAUUAUUUAGUCCAAUACCAUGGUUAAAAUUCAGUGAAAUUUUGAUAAAUAACCAAAAGAAAAUAUUUUAAGCUACAAAUUAUAGUAACUGUACUUCUAGCUAAGAAACUUAAUAGAUGAUGUAUCUUUUGCCUUCAGAUACCUAUGUUAGAAAUGCAUUGAUCUGACUGAACAUGGUCUUUCAGUAAGGUCUAAAAGCUAGAUUUGUUUUGAAUGGCUUGCUUGGUUUGGGCAUGGAUGAUCUUGGAAAAAGGUGAAGCCUUCUGGGUUUCCCAGCUAUUCUAGUGAGAAGAUCCUGACUCACAUGAAAAGUUAGCAUAGUAUUAAUAGUACACACGCUCUAAUUUACUUUUCUUCUGCAUAUGUGAUCAGACUCAAUUACACUACAGCUAUGAUUCAAAGUACCAGAUUCUCUGUGACUUUGAGAAUGUUGGUUGCAAAUGCACAACACGUUCCUUAAGAAAAAUUAGGAGGAAAGUCCAUGAAAAUUGAAUUCUCAUCAUCUUCACCACCAAUAAACAUUGAUUGUCUGCCCCCUAUGCUCUAUAAAUAUUAUCCACACAGGAGCCAUUUCUGUAUGCACUAUCUCUCUUCUCUGGGUUGUUUACAGUCUUCCCUGAGGUAUGGCACAAACUUAUAUAUUUACAAUCGAUGACAGGUUUUUUACUUUUUUAUUUAGCAUCAUAUAAACAUAAAUGCACACAUUAUAGACAUCUAAAGUUCAGUGAUUAUUUUCACAAAUGAUGCAUAUAGGAGGAAAAAGUAUAUUAUGUGAAAGUUUGGACUAUAGUUAUUUAAAAACUAACAUGUUUGCUGUGACCAAAUUGUUUGCAAUAAGUAAUAAAAUAAAAAACUCAUUAUUAUA